AUGACAGUAUGCCUAACUCAUCACCUUCAAGUCUUAACCAUUUUCAAUUUACUUUCAACUGCUCUGCUUCAAAUUCCGGAGGGAACAGUUUUAUUGAGCCUGAUCCUGAUGCUCAGGGCAUACAGCGUACAGAAUUUCCCAGAAGAAUUCGGUCGCACCUAUCAUGCCUACCGGGCUGGCUCAUACGCAUUUCCCAACGACGAACUAGAACGCGAGCGCCUUGAUCUACAGAAUGAAGCAUUAGUAAAGCUCUUCGGCGAGCGCCUUUACUUUGCACCACUGUCAAGGAGAGCACCGCCUGUAAAUAUCCUCGAUGUAGCUACUGGUACUGGUGACUGGGCAAUCAAAAUGGGCGACCUGUUUCCAGAAACAGAAGUCGUUGCAACCGACCUCUCACCAAUACAGCCUCGAAAAGUACCCCCAAACGUGAACUUUUACGUCGAAGAUUCCUCUGAGCCUUGGGAUUACUCUCAGCCUUUCGAUUAUAUUCAUACUCGUGUCACAUCUGGCUGCUGGGCUAGUUUCAAGGAGCAGAUCGCGGACCAAGCCUUUCAAACGCUGAAGCCAGGAGGGUGGUUUGAGUCGCAGGAAUACGAUGCCAUUAUAAUGUCUGACGAUGAAAGUCUUCCACUGAACGGACCUCUUGCAACAUGGUUCCGCGAAAUCAACGAAGCUUCAGAAUUGAUGGGCCGGCCAACCAGCGUUGCUGCUCAUGUUCGUGAAGCAUAUGUCCAGGCAGGUUUUGUUGAUGUUCAAGAGCGAAUCUUCAAAAUGCCUAUGAAUGGCUGGCCAAAGGAUGAACGCCUAAAGGAACUUGGGCGCAUGUGGGAAAGGAACUUUUUGAUGGGCCUCAGCGGCUUCUCUUUCGCACUUUUCAACCGCGUCUAUGAGAGAACUCCUGCGCAAAUCGAGGUGGCACUGGUUGAUGUCCGACGAGAGCUGAUCGAUACGCGGAUUCACGCUUAUAUACCAAUACACGUCAUCAUUGGCAGGAAGCCAUUCCCAGGUGAACGAUCCGUCCCACGAGCGUCGUUUACGUGAAGGAAAAGCGCCAGGGACUGGAACGAAAUACCUCCCCUUGAAUCUUAAUAGUUGAGGAAGGGAGCCUGGCACACGGUUCAGAAGGACCAACUCCAACAUUGACAAAGCACACAACAACAACGAUGCAUAGCGACAAUGGGGACGACUUUGGUUUUUUAUACCCACGAUACCCGAUAAUGUCGAUACGAUGCACAUGACUAGAAUAAUGUAUUGAUCUGGGUUUGGGUACAAGAUCGUACCGAACUACACCUUUAAUAACCGCCUGUUUUAAGCUAUGGAGUCUAUAUUGUCAGAU